AUGUCUUGGGAACGACCAUCUGAUGUUCCAUACCCAAAUGUUUGGUGGACAUUCAAAGCACCGGACCCGGAUCGAGAUGACGGUGGAUUAGCGACGUACACGGUGGAGGACCUCACGGAGGAUCGCUUCGAAGACGCCAUAGAACUGUUCACGGAGCACUUCCUCGACGAUGAACCUCUUGCCCAACACGCCAGGACUCGACACAACCCGGUAGCAUAUGACCAGGUUAUCACUAUGUUUAAGUCCUGUUUCAACAAGCGGCUGUCGGUCGUGUGCUACAAGGAAAGUUCGGAAGAGCUGGUCGGUGCCAAUCUUCUCGAAGUACAACAAAUCAACAGCAAAAGUGAUGGUAGUGACUUGGUACUUGCCGAAGCAAGUCGUAAGAUUAUCGCUGUCAACGUUCAUAUGACUGAUACAGUGAACCUCUUCGUGCGCUACAACGUGGACAACUACCUAACGGCGUAUGGUUUGAGUGUCAACAGUCGAUACCGAGGACGGGGGAUUGCCACAGAGAUUCUCAAAGCCCGUGUCCCUAUUUGCAAAGCAUUUGGACUGCGACUUACUAGCACCAACUUUACGGCUAUCGCCUCGCAAACGGCGGCCGUAAAAGCUGGCUUCAAAACGGACCUAGAAAUGCGAUACGACGAAUUCGUGACAAUGGACCCUAGCCUCACAUUUGAAGGUAUUAAGGGCACCAGCAUCAAGCUCAUGAGUUUAGUGAUCGAAUGA